AUCAGUAGACCAUGGAGGACCAUGGAUGUGGGUGUGACGGGUGUGUGCCGGAGGUGCAGGAAGUGCAGGAAGUGGUAGUGGCGCUCCUGGACCGGUGUGAAGUGUGUGGACUGCAGGACUCACAGGAACAUGUGGAGUUACACAGAGAGAUGUGUGGAGCGAGGAGAGACUCGGCAGCCAUGGCGGAGUCAGAUCCUAUAUCAGCGGCCAUUGGCGAUUUUGGCCGGUGGCAGUUCAUGCUGACGUUCCUCCUAUCACUGUUCAACUUCCCCUGCACGUUCCACAUCUUCUCCCCCACCUUCCAGUCGGCCGUCGGAGACUACUGGUGUGCCAGGCCCGACCAUCUCAUGAACCUCUCGGUAGACACGUGGAAGGAGAUCAGCGGCAGGACAAUUAUCAAGAACGGUAUAGAGAAGUAUGACACAUGUUGGAUAAAAGAUGUGGACCUGAGCGACAUGACGGCGCUACUGAACGCCACCUACGCCAAGUACAGACGCUGUGACCGCUGGGAGUACGACGAGUCGGCCUUUGGCAGGAGUAUAGUCAGCGAGUGGGACCUUGUGUGUGACCACGCUGGGCUGACCGAAGUGGCGGAGAUGAUGUUCCUCAUAGGAGUGGCUCUUGGUGGUAUCUUCUCAGGAUAUUUCUCAGACAGGUUUGGCCGUAAGAUCGCCCUGAUGAUCUCCCUGGUACUACAGAUCACCCUUGGCCUGAUCCUAGCUGUCACAGAGUCCCUCACAGUCUACAUGGUAGGAAGAGCCAUCCUGGGCUUCGUCUGUGUCAGUGUCGUCUUCAGUGGCUUUGUACUUUGUAUGGAGCUGGUGGGAGGAAAAUGGCUGACUAUCUCUGGGGUCUCGUAUCUUUUCCCUCUGCCAUUCAGCUACAUGGCUAUUGCAGCCAUCGCCUACUAUGUCAGGGGCUGGAGACAUCUUCAGCUAGCCAUCACCUUGUCUGCUCUGCCCUUCCUGCUACUAUGGUGGGUUAUGCCGGAGUCGCCGAGAUGGCUGCACGCCACAGGUCAGAUAGACAAGACCAUCAGAGUACUGGAGGACGCAGCGAGAUUCAACAAGAUCACACUUCCCACCAACAUUGACAAGAUAUUGAAACAGUCGUCAGCGUCUGAGAUAGAAGGAGGAGCCAAGAGUGGAAUCGCUGAUCUUUUCCGCACUCCAGCCAUCCGACGCAUCUCUCUCAUCUUGUACGUCGUCUGGUUCUCGACCUAUCUUGUGUACUACGGGCUUGUCCUUAACCUCAACAACUUGGGAGGUGAUGUGUACGUCAACAGCGUCAUCUCUGGAGCAGUAGAGUUUCCCGCCAUCUUACUGAGUAUCUUCAUCCUCCUCAAGCUUGGUCGUCGUCUGCCGUUGAGUUUGUCUCUGAUAGGAGCUGGCAUCGCCUGCUUGCUGACUACUCCUGUUCCUUCUGACAUGCAGUGGGUGACUAUUCUGUUUGCGAUGGUGGGCAAGUUCUGUGUGUCAUCGAGCAACGUUGUGAUGCCUGUCUUCACAGCUGAGUUGUUCCCAACAGUGAUGCGCAACUUGGGCGUCGGAUCGUCCAAUGUUCCAGCCGGAGUUGCUCUUAUGCUUGUUCCAUACCUUUGGAGGCUGAAGGACAUGUACUUGGCGAUGCCGAUGAGUGUGCUAGGAGUGUUUGGUAUUGUGGGAGGGUUGGCUGUAUUGCUACUACCAGAGACUCAUGAUGCGGGUCUUAGCGAUACUGUGCCUGUGUCAUCUUCUGGAAAAUCAGAGAAAUCUACAGAGAAAAGUGAGAUUACCAAGGCUUAAGUUGGUUUUGGAACGAGUAUCUGCGAGAUCAGAUCAUCGAGUCGAGUCACCAGACACAGAAAUGUCCUAGAACUCAACUCAUCUCCACCGAACAACUACAGUCGUGACUAUGGAUGUUAUAUAACUUUACCUCCUUAAAAAAUGAGUUUUGACUUUCAUAAUGUAACAUGGGAUUCAUGAGGGAGGAUGAAGUAUGAGGAUAAGUUUGAAAAACGUUAAAAAAAUAAUCAAAGUAGAAGAAACAUUUCAACAAACUUAUACAAUGGGAAAAAGAAAAUUAAUUUUUUUUCUUUGAGAACUUACUAUAACUUUAUUUUAAGAUAAUUUUGUUCUAAUGGCGAAUAUGCUUGUUUUACAUAAAAGAUUUUUACCAUUGCAAAAGAAAAACAAUCCCAACAAUGUUAAGUUGAAAUUUCAGGGUUCUAAAUAAUCUUUGGGCUGUGAAUUUUGUAAGGAAUAAAAGAAUGGAGAGUAUAAUAGGAAUUUAUUUUUACUAAAUUGUAGUAGAAUAAAGUUUAGCCUUCAAUGCUUUGUUUACUGAUAUAGAUACGAAUAUAUUGUGUGUGUUUUUUUUACCAUAAUAUAAGUACCAGAUUUCAAGGCUUUUGUGUAAUUAAAUAUAAAUUUUAUCUUAGAAUCUUAUAGAAUGCUGUUGAGUCUUGAAAUAUUUAAUUCGUUUAUCACUUAAAUUUCCAUGACUGUAUGAUGUAAAUUUGUAUUCAAUACUAACACAUUUUUGCAACAACAUGAUGAAAAACUUGUAUCAAACUAUUGAGUUUUUUUUAAUAACUGAAAAUUUGUUGAAAUUGUGACAAAUUAAAUUUUUUGCUAUAUAAGUAACAUGUUCCCCUUUACUAGUUUCAUGUAACUCAAUACAAAAUUUAUUUUUGGUUUUUGGUUUCACCUUAUUCAUCCUUUAAAUAUAUAUACAGUAUGCUGUAUUCAAAAUUCAAAGAGAUUUUUUUUUAAUUUUAACACAUCAAUGAUGCAUUUUAUUUUGUAUAAUAUUUUUCGCUCUCUAACUAUAUGACUGGACUGUUUUUUUUUUAUUUCUUUUACUUCGAUGUUAGUUUUAUCAGGUAUAUAAAAGGUCAUAAAGAUUUUACAUAAUAUUGGAAGAAAUUGUAAUAUUAUGAAAUUACAUAAGUAUUUUUCUUAUUGGUGUAUUUUUAUAGUGAUAUUACUAAAAUAAAAUAUUAGAGUUUUAUAGUGAACCUGUAAGUCCUUGAUGUUAUUGUAUAGUUAGAAUAGCAUUAUUUCUUUAUUGAAAUUAUGUUAUUAUUUUAAACAGGGUGCAACGAUUAGUUUUAGUUAAUAAUAAUUUGAAGUUUAAAUGUAUAUAGUAUGUGCAUGAUAUUAUUAUUUUAUUGUAUGUAUUUUAUGUUCUGGAUAGGUUAAAUUAUCGAGCGCCCAUGACCCAAUAACAAUGGAUUAAAAUGACUGAAAUUCGAAAUAUGGAUUCACUAGAAGUUAAAGUAAAUAUAAUAGUUUCAAUAUGCUGUGACAACUCUUUUCUAAGCCUGUUUAUAAUUUUAAAUGUCACUAUUGCUCUAACAAAUACUGUAUAAAUCUUGAAACUAGAAUAGCACAAUAAAUUCAUUAAGAUCUGGUUUUGUUGACAGUCCAAUAAUUUGUACAACGAUAUUUUCCAAAAGCAUUUUUUCUACAUGUAGGCUUGGAUGUAAAAACAAGUUUUUAUGUUCAUUGUGGAUGUAGCCUCCGGAUUGCCAAAUAAUAUUAAAAAGGUUUAAAUACCUGCUAUCAAGCAAUCCAUUUAAUUGCAGUUGCAACUAGUUUCGACUCCUAUGUGGAGUCAUCAUCAGGCGGUACAAGGACUUCUUCUUUCUUCAUAUGAAGAGCGUCAUAUUUAACAUGUAAAAAUAAAUAAACAUUUACACACGACACAAAACACGUUACGGACACAGAAAAAAAAACAAAAAUAGAACCGAGCUUAAAAACAUUUACUGAUCAGUUUGGACAACAGACGACGCUAACCCGACGGAGUUUAAGUCCAUAAACUCCGUCGGGUUAGCGUCGUCUGUUGUCGUAACUGAUCAGUAAAUGUUUUGUGUCCGUAACGUGUUUUGUGUCGUGUGUAAAUGUUUAUUUAUUUUUAC